GCCAUAGAGAAGCGCGAGCUCCAUUCAAACUCUGCUCGAGGAGCUGCAGCACGAGCACGAGCAGCAGAGCCCGACACACACGCACUCACGCGCCUCCCAUCAGCAUGAGCCCGGCCGCGCGGACCCGUUAGCGCGCGCGCAACAGCGCAGUGACGAGACUUUCUGCAGACUUCACUGAUUUACCCUGAGAACUAUGAGCAGCAGAGCGCGCGGGGUUUACAGCACGCGGGACAGUUGUGGUGUUUGUUAAACCUUUAUUUUUUGCACGUGCGCGAAUGUGUGACAUCACAGUCUUACACUGAGCGUACACGCGCUGCUUUUAACGCACUUUUUAUCGACGUUGUUUUUUAAAAAUCUCUGCACUGGACUGCACUUCUUGAGUUGAGUCUUCUCUGGAUUAUCUAUCUAUCUAUCUAUCUAUCUAUCUAUCUAUCUAUCUAUCUAUCUAUCUAUCUAUCUAUCUAUCAUGGAGCGCCUGUGGUUUCUUCUCCUGCUGUCCCUCAGCCUCUCACUGACCACUGCGCUGGUCAGAACCCCCAGACAGCUGAGGACAGCGAGCAGAGGCCAGAGCAGUGUCAAACCAAGCCCACCUGACCAACAGGAGAGCAAAGCUACACACACCAGGAAGCUUGUGGGGCCACACGUGUGCGGGGGUCAGCAGUGCUGUUCAGGAUGGGCUGUUGCACCUGGGACGAACCGUUGCAUCAAACCGGAUUGCCAGCCCCCCUGUCAGAACCGUGGCUCCUGCAGCCGUCCCCACACGUGCGUGUGCCGCUCUGGCUUCCAGGGAGCACGCUGCGAGGAGGUGGCCCCAGAACAAGUCUAUAUUCGCACCGGGACGUCCAGAGUGUUGACCCCCGUCCGACCUGGCAGCGAAUCCUCCCAGAGGCAGCCCACCCGCAGACGACCCACCGAGAGGCAGGCUAUCGACACAAACACCAGAACCCACACGCCCAAACCUCCGACCACCAGACUGCCUCACUCACCUGUAACGCAGGUCAGACGAGGCUCUCCAGAUCUUUCACCGCAGCAGACUGGCUCAUCGAGGACCGUUAAGAGGUACCCUUCAUCCACUGGACCCAUCACCUCCAAUGCUCUGCCCAACGGCCACAGCAAUGGAAACAGACAUGGCAGCCAUGGAUAUACACACACUCAGCAUCUCUCGUCCUCCGGUGGCCAGCUGCGUGAGUCCCAGAGCAACGCAGUGUCUCCAGCAGGAGCCAAUCUGACGGCCGGCGUGGACCGCAUCAAGAUCAUCUUCACGCCCAUGGUGUGUCGGAGGACCUGUAGCGGGGGGCGCUGCUACAACAGCUGUGAGCGUGGAGACAAAACCACCGUAUACAGUGAGAACCAAGGCCCAGCACCCAAAAGCCAAGGCUUCAGACUCUUCUUUUGUCAGAUUCCAUGUCUGAAUGGAGGACGCUGCAUUGGGCAGAAUGAGUGUUGGUGUCCAUCAAACUCCACAGGAAAGUUCUGCCAUCUUCCAGCUCCUGCUCCCAGCAAAGCUACCCCCAGCAGACGGGCCAAUAGCAACGGCGCACAGAACGGAUCCUCCCACUCUAUGUACACCCUGCCUCUGUCCAAUCAGCAAGCCUCCAUGCUUCCCUCACUGGUGAAUGUGCAUGUCCAGCACCCUCCAGAGGCCGAGGUUCAGAUCCAUCAGGUAGCACGGGUCAAACCAGGCCAACCUCCUGAUGGGGCACAUUCAGUGCAGCAGCGUUCUCAGCCUGUAAACGGCAACGGCAAUGGGGUUGGGAAUGGCAAUGACCACUAUGGUGUACACGUCAAUGGACAGAACAACGGACACAGCCACCAGAGGCCUCAUAACAGACACAAUGGAUAUGUGGGAAGGUGCUUCCAAGAGACAGUGGAUGGAAAGUGUGGGAAGCCUUUGCCAGGCCUUACCAAGCAGGAGGACUGCUGUGGCAGUGUGGGGGCUUCAUGGGGUCUGAACAAAUGCACCGAGUGUCCAAGCAAACCCGCUUACGCAGUGAUCGCCAACGGCCAAGUGGAAUGUCCUAAAGGCUAUAAGAGGAUGAAUUCAACUCAUUGUCAAGAUAUCAACGAGUGUCUGAUGCCUGGCAUCUGUAAGCAUGCAGAAUGUCUCAACACCAAGGGUAGCUACAGGUGCACGUGUAAGCCUGGAUACAUGCUGGAUCCUGCCCGCAGCCACUGCGUCUCGGAUAAAGCAGUGUCCAUGAAUAAAGACUCCUGCUACCGGACAGUUUCAGCAGGCACAUGUAGCCUCCCACUCACCCUGAAAAUCACCAAACAGAUCUGCUGCUGCAGCCGAGUGGGCAAGGCCUGGGGAACCAACUGUGAGAAAUGCCCUGUGCCUGAUUCAGAUCACUUUAAGGAAAUCUGUCCCGCAGGCCACGGCUACACCUACUCCCAUUCAGACGUGCAGAUCACACUGAGAGAGCUGGAGGACGAGGAGCUUAGCCGAGUCGAGUCUUUCUUUCCUCAGAUCCCCACAUAUCCUCUGCCUGACCAGAUCCCUUUAGAGCCUCCCCAUCACACGCCCCAAAUACCAGUUUCUCCUCGCCCUCCCUACCACCACCCUCAGACUCCUACAAGACCACAGCCGCAGCCUGGACAACCACCCAGAACAGCACAGGUCCCUCAUCAUCCUUGGACUGACUUCCAGCACCCUGUACACGUGUCUCCGUCAUUACCUGAUGCUGAUGAAACCUGGAAUGUGCCAACCUUCACAGAUCCACCUCUUGUAUAUCCAGAUGUAAGGGAGGUCACUCCUCAAUCGCCCACCCACCUAAAGCCAGAGUCUAACAGCCGGGACACAGCUCCAAUAAAUGUUGCCACACAAGCCACAGACAUUGACAAGUGUUCCCUGACUCCAACCAUCUGUGGACCAGGCCAGUGUGUGUCGGUGCAAACCAGCUACACCUGCUACUGUGACCCAGGCUACAAACUCAACGGCCUGCAGACCACCUGCAUCGAUGUGAAUGAGUGUGAAGAUGAUCCGUGUGGAGAGAAGGGACACUGUGCCAACUCGUAUGGCUCCUACACCUGCCAGUGCUUCUCUGGCUUUAGCCUUCUAAUGACGCAGAACAAGAAGACAUGUCAAGAUAUUAAUGAGUGUGCCAUUCCCAACAAAUGUCCCAAUGGUGUCUGCGUCAAUACUGAGGGAUCCUUCACUUGUGAAUGCAAGAACGGCUUCACCAAGAACUGGAGAGGACAGUGUGAAGAUGUGGAUGAGUGCAGGAGCCCAAGUGUCUGCCCUGGUGGCAUAUGUGUGAAUACCCAGGGCUCUUUCCAGUGCCAAGCGUGCGGCCCUGGCUUCAAACCUGCUGGUGGGAGAUGUCUGGACAUUAACGAGUGUCAGGCAGCUGGCAUGUGUGCCAAUGGUCGGUGUGUGAACACAGAGGGCUCCUUCAUUUGUACCUGCAACCAUGGCUACCAAACAACUGCACGCAACAACAGCUGCCAAGAUGUGAACGAGUGCCUGCUCCCAGAUGCGUGUCCUCACGGCACGUGUGUUAAUCUCCCGGGUUCCCACAGGUGCAGGUGUUACACAGGAUACCAAUCCAGCCCUGAUGGCAAAGGCUGUGAGGAUGUGGAUGAAUGUGCUCAUCACAGCCUGUGUGUGGAAGGUGUAUGUGUUAACACCGCUGGCUCGUUCACCUGUACGCAGUGUGAGGUUGGAUACAGACUGUCUGAGGACAGACAGAGGUGUGAGGAUGUUGAUGAGUGUCUGAUACUGUCCAUGUGCCGUAACGGCAUCUGCCUGAACUCGGAGGGCUCAUUCUCCUGUGUGGACUGCCCCACAGGCUACAGAGUCUCAGGAGAUGGAGAGCGAUGUGAUGAUAUAGAUGAGUGUGCUUCACCCUCUACCUGCCCUCAGGGGAAGUGCAUUAACAGUGAGGGCUCUUACACCUGCAUUAUAUGUGGUCCUGGAUACAGAAUAGCAGCUAAUGGAAGCUGUGAAGAUAUUGAUGAAUGUCAGUCUCCUGAAGUGUGUCCACAGUCUGGCUGUACCAACACUGAGGGGUCUUACUCCUGUAUGAACUGUGACCCUGGCUACAGGCUCUCGUCAGACCGCCACACAUGUGAAGAUGUCAAUGAAUGUGAGGACAUGGCAGUGUGUCCUAAUGGACACUGUAUAAACACAGCAGGUUCCUUCCAUUGUGACUGCCCUGUAGGCUUUGAGCUAAUGGACACAGACUGCAGAGAUGUGGACGAGUGUGCUGUAGCAGAGAUGUGCUCUAACGGACAGUGUCUGAACACAGAUGGCUCCUACCAGUGUCUGUGUGACUCAGGCUACAGGUUCUCUACAGACUCGAAAGAGUGUGAGGAUCUGGAUGAAUGUAAGGAGUACAGUGGUGUGUGUGGGACAUGGAACUGUGAGAACACACUGGGAUCAUACCGCUGCUUCAUGGGCUGUCAGUCAGGCUUCUAUGGGGAAGACAACAAGGACUGUGAUAUUGAUGAGUGUGAAGACGAGAAUAUCUGCGGCAAGAAUGGCUACUGUGAGAACACGGACGGGUCUUACCGCUGUCAGUGUGACCGAGGAUACACCAACCCUCCUGAAGGCCAAGGCUGCAUUGAUGUAAAUGAGUGUGAGACGAGUAGUGACCUGUGUGGAGAGGCACUGUGUGAGAAUGCAGAGGGAAGCUUCCUGUGCAUCUGCCCCAAUGAGAAUGAGGAAUUCGACCCUGUUGCUAGCCAGUGCAGCCUCCGCCAUGUUGAGAUACCAGUUGUACGAGAACCUGAGCGCCCAGCUCCUCCCCCAGCUGCUUCUGAUGAGGGACAGAGGAAGGAGUGCUACUACAACCUGAAUGACGCGAACCUGUGUGAGAACGUGCUCUCCCAUAACGCAACGAAGCAGGAGUGCUGCUGUACUGUGGGGGCAGGCUGGGGGGACAACUGUGAGAUCCAUCCCUGCCCAGUCAAAGGACAAGCGGAGUAUGACUGGCUCUGUCCACGUGGUUCCGGUCUUCUCUCAGUUGUCUCCUCAGUGCAAGGGUAUAGUCAUCUCCAGGUCACAGAUGUAGAUGAGUGCGAGAUGUUUGGCCCAGAAAUUUGUAAAAAUGGUAUUUGCUCAAACUACUACUCAACAUUUUCCUGCUUCUGUCGCAAUGGCUAUUACUACGAUAACAUCCGCAUGGCUUGUGUUGAUCAUGAUGAAUGUAAGGAGGAGAACCUGUGUGAGCAUGGAAAAUGUGUAAACACAGACGGCUCCUUCAACUGCUUCUGUAGUCCUCCACUGGUGCUGGAUGGCACACAGCGAAACUGCAUCUCCAUCAACAACACAGACGGUGUUCAUGAAGGUCUAGAUGAAGAUGUUCACACAGAUAUCUGCUGGCAGCAGGUGAAACAGGAAAUAUGUUCUGACCCCAUGGUGGGCUUUCCGACCACCUACACGGAGUGCUGCUGUCUGUAUGGUGUUGCCUGGGGUUCACAAUGUGCCUUUUGCCCCAAGAAAACAUCUGAGCACUUUGCAGUGCUGUGUAACCUGCCUCACAGAGGCACAGACAGUCUGCGGGAAAGACCAAGCUUUGAGUAUGGACCCUAUGAACCACCUUACUGGGAUAACUACGGCCCUUUGGAAGGUGACCCCUACUAUAGCCCUGAAGGUCCUGCAAAUGUCCCCCCUGAUUCAGCAAUUGAUUAUAGCUCUAGAGAGAUGGUACGAGUGCCAUUACACAGACCCAGAGUGAACCAGCCGCCUCGCAGAGUGGAUCCGUACAGAGGUCGUAAUGAAGGCUUUGAGGGUUUACGGGCAGAAGAGUGCGGCAUCUUAAACGGGUGUGAAAAUGGCCGCUGUGUUCGCGUGAGAGAGGGCUACACCUGCGACUGCUUUGAUGGCUAUGAACUUGACCUAAGCAAGAUGGCAUGCAUUGAUAUAAAUGAAUGUAAGGACAUCAGUGACAGCGUGGAGCUGUGCAAGAAUGGCAUAUGUUCCAACACAGAGGGAUCAUACAAGUGCACCUGCCUGCCAGGAUUCGUGGCCUCCUCCAAGCCCCACGAGUGUAUCCCAGAGGUCCAACCGCCAGCCCCCCACGCAGAGGGGAAGUGACAGCACUACCCACCACUAUCACUCCAGCGGACUGACACUAAACUUUCAUCACUGAAGCCAAGCCAACUGAGCUCUGAACAGCACACAAAUAACUCCACCAACAGUCCAGCAUUCAUUCAGACUUGUACAUAUACAGUGUAAUAAUUUUCAAAUAUGUGUCCAUGUAUGUGGUAAGAUAACCUGUGAAAUGACAUUUUUUGAAGGACUUCCAACACAAGGAAAAAGCAAUUCCAUAGCAUCUGUAGCAUUACUACAUAAUUAGUUCAAUUCACAGCUAAUACAUCUAUGGUCAUUUAUUUCUGGAGGUCAUUAGAGCUUAGUAAUGUGAGUCAAGGCUUCACUGAGGGGUUUGGACUUUUCUGUACAGAUUUUGUAUUAUGUAUUAAAUUGGUUUGUUACAUAUUCUAAUAAUACAUUCAGCACACUCCAUAUUUUGUUUGACGAAAACAUGCAAAAGUUACAAAAAAAGGUUAACCUUGUAGAGUUAUAGAUUUCUGUACAAAAUGUUUUGUAACACUAUCUAUGUAUGACAAAAAAGUGGUUUACACUGUAUCAGAAAAAGUGUAUGUAUCCUGCCCUGUGGAGCAGACAAUGAAAUGUAAUUUUAUGGAAUGACUGCACUUUCUAACAAAUGUUACAUGGUGCCUUCAGUCCAGCAAUCAUAUAGUUCACUGAUGUUCAUCAGAUAAUGUUUAUGGUUCAAACUGACAUAAAGAAAUCUCAAUAAAUAAUGCACCCCAAAUUGAUGCUAAAAUGCCAUAGUGACAGGUGUGGUCUAAUUAGACACUGGGUCUUGCCACAAAACAUAAGCACAUAAAGAUCCUCCCCCCUAUUCCCCUACAAAAAGACUCUGAGGCUACUUUUGGGUCAUGUACCUCUUGGUACUUGAGAGAUCAUUGACUGCCUCUACAACAAAUUCAGAGACAUUUUGCCCAGUUUUUAGACUUUUGCAUCAUUAGACUGGAAGAAAUCGCCUGCCAUCUUGAUCGUCCAUUGGACAUCCACAGGCAUCUUUCCAACUGACAAAGAACAUUUAUAAGAAAGUUUAGCAAUGUUUUGAAAACUUUCCUGGAAGGUAAGCUUGUAAUGUUACAGAAAUAAUGUUCUAGGAGCGUUCUUAAAUCACACCAAUAUUAUACAGUUUCUCACAACGUUCCCAGCUAGACAAAUAAUAACAUUUAUGGAAUUGUUAUAAAUACUGUUCUCAAACUAAAGAUUAAAACCCAAGUGACGCUGCAGUGAUGUUACUAGAACACAAAACAUAAAUAAAAAUGUUCUACAAACAUAAAAAAAAAAAUUGACAGAUUGAGCGUUGGUUAGCUGUAACAUUCUGAAAAUGUUGUACCUACCAACAUUUUAGCUGGGUUUGUUUAAAUGGGGUCAUGAACAAGAUACCUGUUCUACUGUGGACUACGCUAGAUUGCAAAACUUGCAACUUGAGUGUGGAGGAUCUACAGGCCCAGUUGCAACAUCUGUUUGCAAAUAUGCUGCAGGAUGCCAUACGGAAUCUCUAUGGCUCCAUGUUGAACCAUAUAUCAUUUUGUUCCCAGGCUUGGGGCAGCCCAACAGGGUACUAGAGCCUCCUUCAUUUGCAUUGUUUUCCCCGGAUACACAUACCCAUUUGAUUCAAUCCCUACAAUUCCUUGGUAAGGGUUUUUUUGUUACAAUAUACAAUUCUUGUCAGCUAAACAUUCAUUGGAUUUUGGUCUAAACCAAACACGAGCCAACUGUUUUCUAGACAAUUAACAAUAUAUCCUGGUAUUGAGCAAAUUUAACUGUUUUACAUUAAUAUUUCACUCGUGCCUGAGGAUCUACAUGGAUGCCUAGGACUGAACGGUAUACCACAAAAUACUAAAGUUAUUUAACUGCAAGAAGUGCUCAGCAACUAUCACAGCAUCUCUCCAGAUAUCCAUUACAACCAUGUUCAUCACCCCCUGAGCUCUCUUCUUCAAGAAGAUAACAUUUUCUAUUGUGUGACGAGGCCUGGUUUGAACACAUGCCUGUGGACAUUUCUAUUCAUCUGCUGAGUCACUUCUUUUAUCCAGUGGUAAUAUACAGUGCAGUUUUGAGGUGCACUGUGUAAUAACUAGUGCCUGUGCUCAGUACAUGCCUUAAAGUAAUGAAGUACAUUCAGUAUGCACAUUUAACUUUGCCAUUUUGGAAUGCAGACACAAAUAUGAUGAAUUUUGGUGGUCAUACCUAGGCUGUAAGACUGCCCCUGUAUUGGAAACUGUGGACUACCAUGUUUUAUUCAUUCCACUUGAUUACCUCUGACUGUAGCUGUUUUCAGACAUUAAAGUCUGUCAAUGAAAA